AUGAAGCUUUAUUCAGAUGUGACAGAAAUCUCCAGUCUGCUGAGAAAUUCACAGACACUACAGAUACGCAGACUUUCAGACUGCAGUAUCAGUGAAGAAGGUUAUAAAGCCCUGUCUUCAGCUCUGAGAUCAAACCCUUCACAACUGAUAGAACUGGAUCUCACAGAAAAUGAUCCUGGACCAUCAGGAGUGAAGCAGCUCAGUGAUUUACUACAGGAUAGACUCUGUUUAUUAAAGACCAUCAGGUUUUUGAAAAGUCCUGCUGCAGAGGAAGCGUGUGAGUAUCUCACUGGAGUUCUGGGUAAAAGUCCAUUAUUACUGAAAGAACUGGAUCUGAGUGAAGAUAAAUUAGGAGAUCUGGAUGGAGAGAAACUCUCUGCUCUUUUGAUGGACUCUCACAGCAAACUGGAGAAAAAUAAUGCUGAAUAA